GUUUGGCGCACCGGUUGGUAUUUUAAUUAAUUAAUUAAUAUAAUGUCCCUAAAUCCAAGGUCUGCAUUGCGGAGACUUAUCAAAUUCGGAUACUUACCUUCACCCGCUCCGCGACUAUCAUAUUCUGCUCUCUCGAAAUGGAGACCGGCCGCAUGCCGCAAAGACUGUCUAGAGCAUACAUUAUACCCUCCGCGACGACUUCUUCACACUUCUCCAGAUACCCUUGAUAGUUCAAACACCCCACCACUAGAAAUACCCGAGAGCAUCCCGCCGAACCUUGAUCCUACGUUGCUACCGUUUUCAUGUCCCGGCUGCGGCGCAUUUACGCAAUGGGUCAGCCCCGACGAAGCUGGUUACUACUCGAUCAAUAGGAAAGCUGUGAAAGAGUAUAUUCGCCGUUUUUCUCCCGAUUCCGAAGAGGGUGCCUCUGCAGCUGAAAAUAUUCAGAAUGGGAGCAACAUUGUCGAGAUUGUAGAUGAUGCGCCCGCCGAAGGAAAGUCGGCUGUUCCGUCUGCGCAACCGCAUGAAGAUACGACACCGCCGAAUGAUAUAAAAGUUCCAUUCUGUGACAGAUGUCAUGGCCUUAUAAAUCAUGGAAUCGCGUCUCCUAUUCCCUAUCCUCCAAUAUCAUACAUCGAAGAUAUCAUUGCCGAAUCGCCAUACAAACACAACCAUGUUUACCACAUUAUAGAUGCUGCGGACUUCCCCAUGUCCCUAAUCCCUAAUAUCAGCCGAAUACUAGAUUUGGCAAAACUGCGUACACAAAAUCGAAGAGCGAAAAAUAUACAGUACGGGGGUGGAGGCCGGAAACCCGUUCUAAGCUUCAUUAUCACCCGUUCUGAUCUCCUAGGUUCACAAAAGGAAUUCGUGGACCAUCUAAUGACCUAUGUCUUAAACGUAAUGCGCGAAUCACUAGGUUCGAAGGGUGAAAAUGUACGUUUAGGAAAUGUGCACAUGGUUAGUGCGCACAGGGGUUGGUGGACGAAAGAAAUCAAGGAUAAGAUUUGGGAGGAAGGCGGGGGUGUUUGGAUGGUUGGGAAAACGAACGUAGGCAAAAGCAGUCUACUCCAGGUUGUUUUUCCAAAAUCCCCGAAAACCCUACCCCCUUCCAAGCUACGUGCCAGCGGCAAAUUCGAGGACAGCUUACAGCCCAACCGCCGGAUUUGGAGCUCUACCGAUCCCAGCGUGGAUCACAGUGACCUACCGCUCCCAGGAGAACUUAAAGAUCCUGACCCGAAGCAGAACAAGGAGGUCAAUGAAGAAGUCGAUGUUCUCCUCCCCCCGGCCCAAAAAGUGACGCAAUAUCCAAUUUUCCCUAUUGUGUCUUCCCUCCCAGGAACCACCGCAUCCCCUAUCCGCAUCCCCUUCGGCAAAAAAAGGGGCGAAGUGAUAGAUCUCCCCGGGCUUUCCCGCGGCGGUCUACAGGAAUUUGUUAAAGACGACCACAAAGCAGACUUAAUCAUGAAGAAACGCUUAAAGCCUGAACGGCUGACGAUCAGGCCCAAACAAUCCCUCGUCCUCGGCGGGGGACUCAUCCGCAUCACACCAGUUGACGCAGACAAUAUAGUCGUCCUCGCCGCCCCAUUCGUCCCCAUACAGCCACACGUAACCUCGACGGAGAAGGCUAUUCUCAUGCAGGCAGAGCAGCGCGAGAUGUCCAACGUACCCAGAAUUACAAAGGAAGGUAUCGCUGAGUCGAUACAAUUCGCCGGUGUAUUUGAGAUUGACGGGGACGUUACCAAGACGUACGGCAAGCCGACCUCAUUGCCGCUGGACAGGAAACAGAAGAAGAGGCUGAGCACGCUGCCGUAUCGAGUCCUGUCGACGGAUAUUGUGAUCGAAGGGUGUGGAUGGGUAGAACUCGCUGUGCAGGUGCGCACCAAGGAUCUAGAGGCCGGGGUUAUGCCCAAGGUCGAGGUGUUUACCCCUACAGGGAAGUUUGUUGCGAGUCGGAAGCCGAUGUGCGCAUAUUCGUUUUUGCUUGAGAAGCACCAGAACGCUGCGAGGAAACGGGCGAAGAGGCCGAUGAGAAGUGUAAGGAGGGCCAAAGGAGGCAGCUAGAUUUGGGCUGAUAUUACAUGCUAUGUGUGCCAUCAAUAUGAUGGAUUUUUGAGAAAGUUGUAUUAUUUAGAUCUCAUUCAAACCCCCUCGGCCGAUUUGUCCGGUUUCGUUUUAUCAACAUGUAAUAUAUAUAAGAACAAACUGUAUGAUAUGACGAGUAGAAAGAUUUUUUCAACUUACGUUUGGUCGGGCUUUUAUUAUAGAUAGCAUUGCGAUCCCGGUUGGGCACAGCGUCAUACAUUCGUUUCCCGGAUAGAGUCAAAUGCAUAGAUAAAUGAAUCUAAAUACAAAUACAAUAUAUAACCAAA